UUCACGGUUCUGUUACAACGGAGACAACGGGUGGGUCAUCAACUGUCAGAACAAGUCAGAUGAUGAGCACAAUCAAUCAUAACUGACGCAGUCGUAUGCAUAGCAGUUUCCUAGAUCCUACAAUGAAAGCAUAAAUACGCCAUCAAAUGAUCACAGCAAGUGGCAGGAAUGGAGAUCUGGGAAGCCAUGGAGAGGGAAAACCACGUCGCAGAGCGCGGCCUCGUCCCCAUCGUCAACGGCGUCGACGUGCAGGUGCAGCACGAGCACGGCGGCGCUAAGAUGGACAUGGAAGGCUUCGUGCGCAGGGGCCAAUCAUGCCGCUAUGCUAGCAGUGACAUCCCGAGCGAUCUGCUCGUCAAGGUGGGAGGCGUCAACUUCCACCUCCACAAGCACCCCAUGAUCUCCCGGAGCGCCCGCCUGGCCCGGCUCGUCGACGAGGCGUCGGCGCUGCACGGUCCCAUCGCCGCCACCGUGGUCGAGCUCCCCGAUCUUCCAGGCGGGCACGGCGCGUUCGAGCUAGCCGCUAAGUUCUGCUACGGCGUGGUGGUCGACAUCACGGCUGCCAACGUCGCCGUCCUGCGCUGCGCAGCCGAGUACCUGGAGAUGACGGAGGAGUUGGAGGAGGGCAACCUCGCCUUCCGCGCGGAGGCUUUCCUAAGCUACGUCGUGGCGUCGUCGUGGCAGGACUCGGUCGCCGUGCUCCGGAGCUGCGAGGGCCUCUCGCCGUGGGCCGAGGAUCUGCAGCUCGUUCGCCGAUGCAGUGAGUCCGUCGCCGCCAAGGCGUGCACCAACCCGCGGGCCAUGCGGUGGGCCUACGCCGCUGGCAGGAUGUCGCCGGCGAAGACGACGGCGAGGGCCGGCGCGUCCAGCGGCGACACCGGCCAGCAGCCCGCGCCGCCGCCGGACUGGUGGGUGGACGACGUCUGCGUGCUUAGGAUCGAUCACUUCGUGCGCGUCAUCACCGCCGUCCAGGCUAAAGGCAUGCGCGGCGACCUCGUCGGCGCCGCCAUCACGCGAUACUCCUUCAAAUGGCUCAACAUCAAGGAGAGCCCCGCGUCGCAUGGGCACGGCCACUGCGCGCUCGAAAUUGUCAUCGCCGGGGAGGGCGACACGCAGACGACGCCGGAGACGGACAGCGAGCAGAGGAUGGUGGUGGAGAGCCUGAUCAGCAUCAUCCCCGCGCAGAAGGACUCCGUGUCGUGCAGCUUCCUCCUCCGGCUGCUCCGCCUGGCCGUCACGCUCAAGGCGGCGCCGGCGCUGGUGACGGAGGUGGAGAAGCGCGUGGGCAUGCAGCUCGACCAGGCGGCGCUGUCCGACAUCCUGAUCCCGUCGUCGUCGUAUCCCUACGGCCGCCUCCGCUCCGACGCCGCGUACGACGUCGACCUCGUGCAGCGGCUCGUCGAGCAGUUCGUGGUGCAGGAGCAGUCGUCGUCGUCCACCCCAAGCCGCGGCAAGGAGGAGAACACGAGGUCGCAGCGCGUGGCGAGCCUGAUCGACAGCUACCUCUCCGAGGUGUCCCGUGACCGGCACCUCCCCCUGGGUAAGUUCCAGGCCCUGGCGGAGUCGGUGCCGGAGCCGGCGCGCGGCUGCCACGACGGGCUCUACCGCGCCGUGGACUCGUACCUGAAGGCGCACCCGGCGGCAACGGAGCACGAGCGGAAGCGGCUGUGCCGGGCGGUGGACUGCGGGAAGCUGUCGCGGGAGGUGCGCGCGCACGCGGCGGAAAAUGAGCGGCUGCCGCUGCGCGUCGCCGUGCGGGUGCUGCUGGCGGAGCAGGCCAAGAUGGCUGCCUCGAUCGGCAGGGCGGGGAGGAAGGAGGACGACGUCGCCGCGCUGAGGAUGGAGGUGGAGAUCGUUAACGCCAGGUACAUGGAGCUGCAGCGGGAGGUGGAGCUACUACAGAGACAGGUGGAACGCAUGCUGCCGCCGCCGUCCGCCGCGGGGAAGCAACAGAGCGUGUCGGGGUGGGCAAGCGGGUGGAAGAAGCUCGGGAGAUUGGGUAGGAUUCAGGUGGAGCAGCCGGUAGUUACAGUGGCGCCCGGCGAGACGGGGAGCAGGGAGCCUCGGCGGAGGAGGAACUCGGCCUCGUGAGCUGUACAGUAUAUAGCUUAUUGUACUCAUCAUCAUACUAGGAUCUUUGGGUGGUGGAGGCGCAGAUCCUUAUAAUAGUACAAGGUCCUGUUUGGAUAUAUUUCUCCUAUCUAACCGAAGAUUUUCUCAUUUCUCACUUUUUACUUCUCGUA